AUAGAAAUUGGAUUGCCGCGUCGCAUCUCGCGCCACCUUGCGUCGAUUGAGCCAGUCAAUCCAUCCAACAUGGUGCUGGAAAGUACGAUGAUAUGCGUUGAUAAUAGCGAUUAUAUGAGAAAUGGAGAUUUCGUACCUACCCGGCUACAGGCACAGCAAGAUGCCGUCAACUUGGUGUGUCAUUCCAAGACUCGCUCGAAUCCAGAAAACAACGUUGGCCUCAUAACUCUCGCUAAUGUGGAAGUACUGGCGACGCUAACAAGCGAUGUUGGCAGAAUACUGUCCAAACUUCACCAGGUUCAACCAAAUGGAAAGUUAGCUCUCAUCACAGGCAUCAGAAUCGCCCAUUUAGCAUUGAAACAUCGACAAGGCAAAAAUCAUAAAAUGCGCAUCGUUGCAUUUAUCGGAAGUCCAAUAGACAUCGAUGAGAAGGAAUUAGUCAAGUUAGCGAAACGUCUGAAAAAGGAGAAAGUGAACGUUGAUGUUAUAAGUUUUGGCGAAGAGAGCAUCAAUAAUGAUGUACUAACUGCCUUUGUUAAUGCACUGAAUGGCAAGGAUGGCACGGGAAGUCAUCUCGUCACUGUUCCACCAGGCCCGCAUUUAUCAGACGCCCUGAUCUCUUCUCCUAUAAUUCAAGGUGAAGAUGGAAUGGGUGCAGCCGGCAUGAGUGGUGCCGCGUUCGAGUUCGGAGUCGAUCCAAAUGAAGAUCCCGAGCUGGCGUUGGCUUUGCGCGUUUCUAUGGAGGAGCAACGGCAACGUCAGGAAGACGAGGCACGUCGUGCGCAGGCUAACGAGACUGCCGCAAAUAAACAACCGGAAACUAUAAAGGAAGCUCCGAAUGAAGAAGCUAUGUUAAAACGUGCUCUCGCCAUGUCCCUUGAAGGUGCAGAUGAUUCUACUGCCGCUAGUGAUAAUACUGCUCCAAGCAGAAGCAAUGUGCCGGACUUCACUAACAUGACAGAAGAAGAACAAAUUGCUUUUGCUAUGCAAAUGUCCAUGCAAGAUCAGCAAGAACUGGAAUCCCAAAAGGAAGAAGCGAUGGAUGUGGAAGAGGAUUACGCAGCCGUUAUGUCUGAUCCUGCUUUUCUGCAAUCGGUCCUGGAGAACUUGCCAGGUGUAGAUCCGCAUUCUGAAGCCGUACGCCAAGCCGUUGGAUCGUUACAACAAAACAAAGAUAAAGAGAAAGAGAAAGAGAAGGAGAAAGACAAAGACAAAGACAAAGACAAAGACAAAAAAUAAAUGGCUUCUUAGUACACUGAUAUUUACACUUGUGGCUAAAUUUGACAUUUUCCAUUAUUAUGUAUGAUAUAUUGUAGCUAUUACAUCUUGCUUAUGAAAUAUAUUAUCAAUUUAUUGAAAAAGC